UCUUACUUUUUGUGAUAGAAAAUGUGAAAACACUUGAAAUUGAUAACUGUUGGGGUUGGGGCUGAUAAAUGAAUCAAAUGUCAUUUUUGUAGCUAACCCCAAAUUGUUUAUUCUGGUUGUGACACCCCCACUUGUUUGAAUAAACCCUCACUGGUAAUAAAUCGAUGAAAAGAAGCUUCUAACUGAGUCUGAGCGGAAGUAUUGUGUUUAUGUGGGUGUUUUGACGUUUCAUUCAACCCAGCAAAACUAAUUUUUGCGUAAAAACCUCACUCAAGCACCAAUGAUGUAACAAAUACUGUUUUUUGAGGUGCAAAAAAUGAGCAGUUUGACCAUUUUGGACGACGCCGCACUCUACGACAAUGCCCUCACACUCGAAAUCGGUCCGAUGGAAACGGUCCAUCGGUGGAAACGUAUGCCGGAAUGCGAUGAAUUCGUGGGGGCGCGUCGUAGCAAACACACAAUGGUGGCGUACAAGGGGGCGAUUUACGUCUUCGGGGGCGACAACGGCAAAAGCAUGCUCAAUGACUUGUUACGGUUUGACGUGAAGGAGAAAUCAUGGGGGCGUGCGUUUACCAAUGGGUGUCCCCCAGCCCCCCGCUACCACCACUCGGCUGUCGUCUAUAGAAACUCGAUGUUUGUAUUUGGGGGCUACACCGGAGACAUUCACUCCAAUUCCAAUCUCACGAAUAAGAAUGAUCUGUUCGAGUAUAAGUUUCAUUCGGGGCAAUGGGUCGAGUGGAGGUUCUUGGGAGUCACGCCGGAGCCCCGCUCGGCACAUGGGGCUGCUGUGUACGAUAACAAACUUUGGAUUUUCGCGGGGUAUGACGGGAACGCACGGUUGAACGACAUGUGGACCAUUUCGCUCAAUGGGGAUAGUCGAUGUUGGGUCAAAAUCAUGCAACAGGGGGAGUGCCCCCCGACUUGUUGCAACUUCCCGGUGACCGUAGCACGGGAACGCAUGUUCGUUUUUAGUGGCCAAAGUGGGGCACAAAUCACUAAUUCCCUCUUCCAGUUUAAUUUCAACACACAUACCUGGACGAGGAUCACCACCGACCAUAUUCUACGGGGGGCUCCAGCGCCCCCUGCUCGUCGCUACGGUCACACAAUGGUGGCUUUUGAUCGUCAUUUGUACGUUUUUGGGGGGGCUGCCGACAGUACACUUUCCAAUGAUCUCCAUUGCUUCGAUUUGGACUCUCAAACUUGGUCAACGAUUUUACCAGCAGCGGAGUCUUUUGUCCCUUCAGGGAGGCUUUUCCACGCUGCAGCUGUCGUAGACGACGCCAUGUUUGUCUUUGGGGGCACAAUUGAUAAUAAUGUGCGAAGUGGGGAAAUGUACCGUUUCCAAUUCUCUUGUUACCCCAAAUGUACCCUUCAUGAAGACUUUGGAAAAUUGCUCUCAACGAAUGAGUUUUACGACGUCCAGUUUUUAGUGGGGCCCGAUUUGAAGAAAAUUUUCGGGCACAUGGCCAUAGUGGCCGCAAGGUCGGCUCAUUUACGCCAGAUUUUGAAAAAAAAUAAAGCAAAACGUGAUAGCCACUUGGAGAAAUUAUUCGGAACUGUUAAUGUCCCCUUUAAGGAGGUUCCAUUGGUCGAAAUUGAGUUUCCAGAUGCUAAUCCCGAAGCCUUUGAACUAGUCCUUGACUACAUCUACAUGGAUUGCAUUGACCCCACAAAAAAAGGGGGCGCACCCACUGAGACAGUUCUACGAAUGAUGGACGUUUAUCGACUCGCAGUGGAAUUCGGAAUGGUCCGCUUGGACAAUUUGUGUGUCCAAUAUUUAAACUCCUCUAUUAACAUGGCCAACGUUCUGGAAGCCCUAGAGACAGCCCACAAUUUAAAAUUGAACGUUAUUAAAGACCACUGUUUGCGUUUCAUCGUCAAAGAAUCGAAUUAUAACGAUAUUGUGAUGUCCACAAAAUUCGAAUCGUUGAGUAGUAAACUUAUCAUAGAGAUAAUAAGAUUGAAACAAACGGCGAGUAAUAGUAAGAGUGUAAGUGAGAGUCAGGGGGAGUUAGCGGGGACCACUUUGGAGCAAGAUAUGGCUAUGUUUUUAAAGGCACACGGGGCCCCCUUCUAUGACGUUGAUCUGGUUUUAGAUGGCAACGCCAUACCGGCACAUAAACCGAUUCUGGCCGCCAGAAGUGGCUAUUUCGAAGCCCUUUUCAGGUCCUUCAUGCCGACAGAUUGUAAAGUCAAGAUUCAAAUCGGCGAAAUGAUUCCGUCGCUGCAAUCAUUCCACUCCCUCCUGCGUUUCGUAUACUGCGGGGACGUAAACAUGCCCCCCGAGGACUCCCUGUACCUGUUCUCAGCCCCCCUGUUUUACAGUUUCACCAACAACCGGCUCCAGGCCUUCUGCAAGCAGAAUUUAGAAAUGAACGUCUCGUUUGAGAACGUGAUACAGAUCUUGGAGGCGGCUGAUGGGAUGCAAGCUACUGAUAUGAAGAAGUACGCCCUAGAUUUGAUCGUUCACCACUUUACCAAAGUGGCGAAGCUACCGCGACUUCGCAUGUUAAGCAAAGAGCUGAUUUUGGACAUUUUGAUGGCCCUUGCGAACGACUUAAGCGAGUCGAAGUGCCAGGACGUGUCGUCAUCGACGAGUUUCACCGAUGGUUGUACUUAAUGUAAUUUUUUGGGCACCAAAUUAAGCAACAAUGUAUUCAAUUUAUUUAAUUAUAAAUUUCGUUCACCUA